AUGAACUCUCUGAUAGUGAAGAAAAGAACAUUAAAUCAGAUCUCGAAAAAGAGAUUUGACGAAGAAUAUAAUAAAAUGAAGGACAGCCUAAAGUGGAAACUUAAAUGCACAGGCCGAGUUGUAGAAGACACUAUAUAUGAGUGUAUGUCUGAUUUUACAUCAGAACAAAGAAGCGAUGCAAUAAUUAGAAAGAUGUCAGGCAGGAUGCGAUUUGAAUAUGAAGAUUUCGAAGUUGGAAAACGCUAUGAAGGACAAAGUGCAACCAAGUGGCUUUAUGAGUCAGGAUUAAAAACUUUCAAAGAAGUUGCGUUAGGGUGGGGCCUCAACUAA